AUGAUGGCCAAUCCAAUUACAGAUUAUUUCUAUCCUUAUAUUUUAAUCAAAUGCGAAAGGAUAAAUGCAAUAUUUGGUGCCAUUUCUUUGAAAAAUUAAUUUUAUGGAAAUUUGAUAAGAACAGUAUGCUAAAUUUUUACACAAGAAGGAAAUGAGAAACCAACUUCUUCGCAGAGUAAAAAAUUAUAUGAACUUAUCAAGAGAAAAAGUUGAGAGAGGAAUACCAUAAAAGAAAAGCACUGAAAAUUGAUAGAAUUUAUUUUGAUACCAUCCUCCAUUCUAAUAUUAAAUUUCUACAAAAUUUACACCCAGGUAAGUUAGAUUAGAAGAGAAUUUAAGUUACUGCAAUAAUAGAGUUUGUUUUAAACAAUAAUUUUUCAAUUUGA